UCUCUCGGCUCUGGAUGAUUCCGAGCUCCAGCCCAUGGCGGGGACGGCGCAGGCGACGGCGCUGGACAUCUACGAGGUCCCUUUCUCCGACCUCCAUCUCCUCCUCUCGCCGGAAGCGGUGGCCGGUGACGACGACGAAGGCCGGCGCCGCCGCCUCCUGGACACCGUAGGGGCCGCGCUCGGCCGGGGCGGCACCGGGCUGCUGGCCGUCGCCGGAGUCCCGCGCGCGGCCGCCCUCCGCCGCCGGAUCCUCCCCCUGGCCCGCCGCCUAGCCCUCAUGGACCACCCGUCCCGCGCCCACCUCCUCAAGAAGCACGGCCUGGGCAGCGACGUGCCUCUGAAGAAGCUCGACAGGUCCGUCUCCUCGUUCGCGUGGCUCCUAAGGCAUGGUGAUUCAGGCAAGCUCCACUUGCCGUUGCCGGAGUCGGAGGAGGUGCCGCCACCAGGUGUUGAUAGAUUUGGGGAACACAAGGGGGAUGAUGAUGAUGAUGAUGAUGAUGUUGAGAACCUUGGUGAGCUAUUUAAGGAGCUUGGGUUGUGCAUGAUGGAGCUUGGUAUCUUGGUUGCACGGGCUUGCGACAUUGUUACCGGUGGGAAUCAGCUGGAGCAGACCAUUGCCGACUUUGGGAGCGCAAAGGUGAGGCUCAUCCACUACCACUCGGAGUUGGAUAACAUUGUUAUCAAGGAGAACAGCAAGAACAGAAGAAACUUGGUGCGUAAUGCAAGAACAACAGCAAAACCUGCACUGGAUCACAUGGAUAAGUCAUAUCAGAGGCCAGGAUCAGAAGAUGGAUCGUGCAUCAGAUCAGGAAAAGAAAAGGAUUGCAAGGAUAUGGUGACACAAGGUCAGAGCAGUGCAGUUUCUCUCGAGAACUUAUGGCAAGAGUGGCACUACGAUUAUGGAGUCCUUACUGUCUUAACAGCAUGAAUCUUGAUUUUUUUGAUGACCCGCAUGAAGAAGCCUAACUCCAUGUAUGGGUGCCUUCUGA